UCCUCGGUCUUUCUAAUUUACCCGUCACCGUUUUUCAUUUAUAUAUCUACCAUUUCUCUGUAUUUUCACAUAUUCAAAAAAGACCAAACACAACUCACUGAGUCUAGUCGUCGAGAACCGACUCACCGAGCACGAAGAUGAAUCGCCUGGUUACAAAAUCUUCGCUGAUAACCAUGAUGAUGAAAAAUUCUUCAUCAUUUUAUCUCUCUUCCUCCAUUAAUGGAUGUCAUCGGAUGAUUCUCGGUGGUGUAAUUCAGCCGGAGAUGGAUCGUUGGAGUUUAAUGGCUUCGGAGUUUCGCCGGAAUAUGACGUCAUCGCCACCUUCGCCGCCUCUAUCGAAGAAGGAGAAGGAUAUAGUCAGGGAGUUAGGGAAAACGGAUACGAAAAGUGAUCUUCCUGUGAUUUCAAGUUACUGGUCGGUUCCUAGGCCUGAAAUUGUGAAAGAGGAUGGUACUAAAUGGACUUGGAAUUGCUUUAUGCCUUGGGAGACUUAUGAGGCGGACUUGUCAAUUGACCUCAGCAAACAUCACAUACCAAAGUUGUUUACAGACAAAGUUGCCUACAGGACUGUGAAACUUCUCAGAAUCCCAACUGAUAUUUUCUUUAAGAGGCGGUAUGGUUGCCGUGCAAUGAUGCUUGAAACAGUUGCAGCUGUUCCUGGUAUGGUUGGUGGAAUGCUGCUACAUUUAAGAUCUCUUCGUAAGUUUGAGCAAAGUGGUGGCUGGAUCAAAGCGUUGCUUGAAGAAGCCGAGAAUGAAAGGAUGCACCUAAUGACAAUGGUUGAGCUUGUGCAGCCUAAAUGGUAUGAAAGGUUAUUAGUUCUCGCUGUCCAGGGAGUUUUCUUCAACUGUUACUUUAUUCUCUAUUUGUUAUCUCCUAAAGUUGCACACAGAGUAGUUGGUUACCUCGAAGAAGAAGCAAUUCAUUCUUACACCGAGUAUCUAAAGGAUAUAGACAAUGGUUCAAUUGAGAAUGUACCCGCUCCUGCUAUUGCUAUUGACUACUGGAGGCUGCCAAAAGAUGCCACCUUGAAGGAUGUUAUAACUGUCAUCCGGGCUGACGAAGCUCAUCACCGUGAUGUUAACCACUUCGCUUCUGAUGUCCAUUUUCAGGGAAAGAAACUGAAAGAAGCACCAGCUCCUGUUGGUUAUCACUAAAAGGAUCCUUAACACUGUUUGGAAUGUUGGAUUUUAUUCUUUACGUCUACUAGGUUGAGUACGUGUAUUGAUGUACAAGCUUGUAAAAGGUACAGGAAUAUAAACUCACAAAAGCUUAUUGAAUGCUUUAAAAAUGAAUUGUUACUUUUCAGAAAAUUGAAUAAUAUCUUACGACUUGAUUGUUUUUGUACUGUUGAUCUGUUUAACGUUUUGAUUUUACUCUUGUUUUUACCGAGGCCUGUAAAUUUAAUGAGUUGUUAGCUCGUCUAGUAAAUUUAUGUGGAGGCUUUUACAAAAGCUGGAGAUUUUGAUGGUCUAAAAGUAAAGUUAAUACUCCCGUGUGUUACAUUUACAUAUUUGUAAUAACAGUAGUACAUGCCCCACUUUUAGUUUGGCACAUAGCCAACAUCCAACAGAGAAGUGAUGAUACUCGAUUACAUUUGAUUUAUUGUCAAAUCAAUGUGCUCUGUGGUUUCUAAAAAUCACUUUGAAGAUACCUCUGAUCGAGCUGCGUCAAAGUAGAUCUAACUUAUUUACUCAGCAGCCAUGAUCAUAAACGUAACUAAGAGUGAAAGGGCAUAGCCAUGUCAAAGUAGAUUUAACUAAUUUACUCAAUGUAUCGCUGCAAAUAGUCAAUUUACCUUUUUGGCUAUGAGAAUUGACGGGCUAUUCCCAUCUGUCAAAGGUGACCAAAAGCUAAUAGAAGCGUUGAUGACUGCAAUGCAAAACCAUGUAUAUCAUGUUAUCAUGAAUCAGGACUCAGGAUCCUCACGACUUCUAGGAAAAGGAUGGUCGAAUUUAUGUGACCAGCUUUCCUCACAGUUUCAACCAUGAUCAUGAAGCAUUUUUCGAUCUAGAACCAAACCUAAAAAGUAUAUUUUGAAUGAGAACAUAUUAUGAUCAAAUCGUAAGUUUUUGCUGUAAUAUAGAAGUAUAUUUAAGAUAUAGCUGAUAUUGUAAGUUUAAAUACCUACUCCUCCUCUUAUUUAGCACUCGUUGCUUUUUGGUUGAAUAUUAGUGAAAAGAAGAAAAGGAUAAGCUGAA